UUAGCUAAACAACAGCAACAAGCUCCACACAGCAGUGGGUAGGGUUUGUUAUGACAGGUAUUAAAGGGAUUCAAAUAGUGAUUGAACACUGAAAAUGAUGACAGUGUUGCACUUGGACCAAAGUAACGGUUCACGGCGAGCAAAGCUACAACGGUGACCGGCCUGAACUGAUUUUGGCUACAGUUGCGUAUUUCGUUAUUGUUGCGCGUGUUGUCUGACCCGACGAUGGUGGAGGUAUUUGUUGGAAAAACUCUCCUCAAUAAAGAAGGGGAUCUUAUUGACCCAGAAGAAGCUCUCAUGAAUAAAGUAGUGGGAAUAUAUUUUUCUGCCGGCUGGUGCCCGCCUUGUCGAGAUUUCACCCCUAUUCUAUGCGAUUUUUACACGGAACUUGUCGAGGAGAGCGAACCACCUGCACAGUUAGAAAUCGUUUUCAUAUCUUCUGACAAGUCGAAUGAUGAUAUGAUGGAGUAUUAUCAUGACAUGCACGGAGAUUGGCUGGCCCUGCCUUGGACGGAUCAAUACAAACAUGACUUAAAGAAGAGAUUCAAUAUCACAGCGGUCCCUAAGCUGGUGAUUGUGAAGGAGAAUGGAGACGUGAUCACAGACAAGGGAAGGAAACAGAUCCGGAACCAGGGCCUAGCCUGCUUCAGGAGCUGGUUGGAGGUGGCUGAAGUGUUCCAGAACUUUAAAGCUUUGUAGACAUUCUAGAGUACAUCAUUCUACAUUAUAGAGCACCUUCCUGCUCCUGACCCAUAAAAACUAUUAUUUUCUAGCAAUACUGUCGAUACUAAACUUCUGCACUACAACAACAACAAUGGGGCUUUUUUUCUAAAUAGGCUUUUAUAAUACCAGCUACAAUAGAAACAAUGAACAGACAUGAGUGGCUUAUAUUUUCAGAAUACAUAUUUUGAGGUGUUCGGCUAUUUUUAUAUUUUGUUUUAUAUGACUUAAAAUGCACAAUAAUUAAAUCCUUUGCUCUCUGUUUA